CCCGGCGAGCCCCGCGCGAAUUUCCGGCGCCGAAACCUGGAGGCGGAAACUGGGAACGCCUGGGCGACUGUGGGCGGUGUGAGUCCUGGGGGGCGGGACAGGCGACGCGGCCCGCCUGGCUCCGAGGUCGAGCGCAGGGCUUCGGGAGGCCGGGGCCAGCGCCCCGAGGCAGAGGCCGAAGGGGGCGCGCACCUCAGGGAGGUGCAGGGGAAAAGCCUGGGGCGCGGCACCCGCUGCCCGCCCCUCCGCCUCUCAUCUCCGCUCAGGCAAGGCUGCUGGGACCGAGCGCGGGGCUCUGGCCGGGUCCGCGUUCCCGACUGCCGAGUCCUACUGAGCGACCCUGGAGUGCCUGUCCAGAUGCCAACCCAGCUGCCACUGGGGAUCCCUCUGGGAGAUUGAAGGCCCAGGUUGAGGCUGACCAGCCCUGAGCCUUAGGCCAGGGGAAUGGCAGCCCCCCAAGAGCCUCAGGACCAGGCCCCUGGGGAGGGAGAAGGGCUUCUGAUCGUGAAGGUAGAAGAUUCCUCCUGGGAGCAGGACGCUGCCCAGCAAGAGGACAGCAGGGAUUCAGAGGUGUGCCGCCAGCGCUUUCGGCAGUUCUGCUACGGGGAUGCGGGUGGGCCCCACGAGGCCUUCAGCCAGCUCUGGGAGCUCUGCUGCCGCUGGCUGCGGCCCGAGCUGCGCACCAAGGAGCAGAUCCUGGAGCUGCUGGUGCUGGAGCAGUUCCUGAGCGUGCUGCCCGUGGGCGUCCAGGGCUGGGUAUGCGAACGAUGCCCAGGGAGUGGCGAGGAAGCUGUUGCCUUGGUGGAGGACCUGCAGAAGCAGCCAAUGAAAGCUUGGCCACAGGAUGUGCCCUCAGAGGGGGCGGAACCUGAGGCUGCAGUCCAGGGAUCUCAGGCCCAGGGGCCUCCCCGGAAGGCAGGGACACAAAGCCGGCCACCUGUACCCUGGGAGCAGCACAGCCAUGGUGCCCAGCUUCCGGCUCUUCUUAAAGAGGGGAGCACCAGAGAGACGACAGAUACCUGCUUUGACUCUGGGGGACCUGUGACAUUUGGAGACAUUCCCUUCUAUUUCUCCCGGGAAGAAUGGGGGUCCCUGGACCCUGCUCAGAGAGAUCUCUUCUGGGACAUAAAAAGGGAGAACUCCCAGAACAUUGCCCUGGGUUUGGGACUCACGAGCCACAGCGAGAGAUCCCGGCUGGAGGAGGUGGUGACGGCGCUCCCGGGCCAGGCUGCUGGCGAUGUGACCGUGUCCUGGAGGCUGGAGGAGGCCGAGGCCCGGCCGGGGGUGCCCCGGGGGCGGGCAGCGGGGGCGCGGCGGGGGCGGCCACCCACGCGCCGGCGGCAGUUCCGGGACCUGGCGGCCGAGAAGCCGCACAGCUGCGGCCAGUGUGGCAAGCGCUUCCGCUGGGGCUCCGACCUGGCGCGCCACCAGCGCACGCACACGGGCGAGAAGCCGCACAAGUGCCAGGAGUGCGACAAGAGCUUCCGCAGCUCCUCGGACCUGGUGCGCCACCAGGGCGUGCACACGGGCCAGAAGCCCUUCUCCUGCUCCGAGUGCGGCAAGAGCUUCAGCCGCAGUGCCUACCUGGCCGACCACCAGCGCAUCCACACGGGCGAGAAGCCUUUCGGCUGCAGUGACUGCGGCAAGAGCUUCUCACUGCGCUCCUACCUGCUGGACCACCGGCGUGUGCACACGGGCGAGCGGCCCUUCGGCUGCGGCGAGUGCGACAAGAGCUUCAAGCAGCGCGCCCACCUCAUCGCCCACCAGAGCCUGCACGCCAAGAUGGCCCAGCCUGUGGGGUGGCCUCGCAGAUGGCAGAUGCUCGGGACAGCCUGGGAAGAAAGGUAGUCGGAGGCACGCCCUGACCCAGCCCAGCUGGCUCCCAGCUGAGCCCUACCCUGGCCCGACUCUGGCCUUGCCUCCCCAAGGUAAGUACAGUGGGCAGGGUCCAAGGGUGACCCUGUCACUCAGCAGUCCUGAGGUGUCAGCCUCUACACUCGCUGUCCUGGAGGGUGUGUUCCGGACGCUGGGCUUUGAGAGCUGCAAGAGGUGGGAGGCCUUUGUCCAGGUGAGCCUUCGCCUGCCUCUUCCCACCUCCGCCCCCAGUCCCACCUGGGGCCUCCCUGGACUCAGGCCCAGCACUCGCUCUAGCCCUAGGGUUUCCAUGGGGAACUGGUUAUGUUCCGGGAGCAGCUGGAUGCCCACGGGGGCCCUGUGGGCUGUGCUCUACUGGCCUUGGUGGCCCCCAGUGAGCAGCUGAGGCAGCCCCAGCAGCUGUCCAGGAGCUGAGCCGCUGUGAGGCUGGUGGGGCUGCCCCAAGUCUUCCUGCUGCUCUCCACUUCCCCCCGGGGGUGAGUGGGCUGGCCAGGGACCCCCAGUUGCGGGGCAGGGCAAAGCGGGUCUGGGGGGUGGGCAGGAAGGCUGAGACCCUCCCUCCAGGCCUGUGUGCUGCUUCCCCACCCAGCUACCCCCAAGCCUGGAGCGUUCCUCACUGGCCUGGGCGAGCUCUGUGGCCGUCGUCUUCACUGGUCGCUGCUGCAGCUGCUGACCAGGUGAAGGCCCAGAAGGGGCAUCCAGGCGGGGGGCUGUGGCUCUGCUGUGUUGUCCUGAACCCAUUAACUCCACCCAUUCAUUCCACAACAUAAGGCCGUGUUGCCUGCAAUGGGUGUCAGCUUCAAAGCCUCGCCUCCCACCCCCACCCACGCCCGUCCUCACAACCCACUCAGGGUCCCCCACACGUUGCAGUAUAUUCUCAGCUCCGUGCCUUUGCCCAGGCUGCUCCCUCUGCUUGGCAUCCCUCCCUCUCGACCUAGCCUCACACAGACCCUUCCAGGCGUCAACCAUGCCCCUUACAAUCCCUGGGUUGACACUUGUAUUCCCAUCCACCCCUGUUCACACUUACCUGGCAGUGACUGUCUCGUCAGACUGUGGGUCCCUGGGGUCCAGGGUUGGGGAUGAUUCAGGUCUGGUCCCGAGGCCCAAAGGUCUCAGUGGGCAGUUGGGUGGUCACUGGAGGUGAGAAUGGGCCCCAGCUCUGCUCCACAAUUCUCCCUGGCCUCCCCAGGCGGUGCCCACCCUGUGAGCCUUCCCAGACAGGCCCUGACCCGCUCUGGGAGCGCCCCAUCUCUGUGCACGCUGAUCCCUGGACCCCGGGGAACAGCAUGGCUAAUGGUGCAGCCAGUGUCUACCUGAGGCCAUCCAUGUCCUGGGAAUCCUGUGAUUCAGCCUGAACUAAGACCCCCCCUUGGGCCCUCCCUUUCUUUUGUCUGUCUCCUCCUCCCUCCAUUCUGUCAGGGUUAGUGUCUGGCAGGGUUAGGGUCUGGUUAGGGUCUCUAACACGCCGCCACCUGCGCCAAAUUAGUCCUUACCAAAGAGACUGUGGUAGCCAGGAGCCUGGCCAAGCUGUUCCCUGGAGCCAGGGUCCUGCUCCCCCAUAACUGCACCCGCACAGAGCGGCUGCCUGAGGAGUCCUCCGGCCCUAACCCCCACCAGGUCUUCUGCUGGACAGCUGAAGAGUCCUCAGGGGCUACCUACUGCCCAGUCUUUGGGAGCUCCUUGAGGGGGGGCACUGUGCCUAGGGGACAUGGAGCUCUGGGGGCUCGAGAUGAGCGGGACAGGGCUGGGGUCCAACCAUGUGGCAGCAGUUUCUUUUUUUUGACAUUUAUCUUGGUUUAUUUUAUUUUUUAAUACAUGUUUGCUUUUCUGUGGCAACAGUUUCGACUGGGAGAGAGGCUCGGGAGACCUGAGGCAGGGAGGCGAGGAGCUGGGAGGUCCUCAGACCACUUUGAAUCCACCUUAAUCCUGUCUGUAGCCAAAACCCAGCCCCAGCGCUCAGUGUGACCUGUCUGGGGCCAGGGCCGCCCUCCUCCUGGCCGUGACCCAGGACCGGCCUGGGGCCCAGCCCGAUGUGGAGGCACUGGGGACCUGUGCCAGGCCCUGGGCUUCGAGACCACCCUGAAGACAGACCCUACAGCCCAGGUGAGGGGAAGCCCAGAACUUCUGGUGGUGCUCUGAGGAAGGCACCCCCCCACCAGGACCCUGGGCACUCUCUCCUUAGCCUCUUACCAAUCGUGGGCAGGAAGUGCACCCCCAAGUUUAGCCUCCAUCCUCCCUGCUGCACGCAUCCAGAACCCACUUCCCUGACUCUGGAAGCACAGUCUCCAGGGACCCUGAAGCCCCCCACACUGGCCAUUUCUCCUCUCCCCUGCUCAAGGCCCUGGCUGGACCCUCAGGCUUUUCCUGAGAGGGUCUCAGGUUCCUUCCCAGACACCUGUCAGCUCACUGCCCUCCCCUCACAGCUCUUAACUUUUUGGUGCAGCUUCUCCAGGGGGGCCAGAGAACCAGCUGCAGGAGGCUGGACCCACGUCACUUCCAAUGAGGUCAUGCAACCAGAGGGUUAGAAAAAGAACUUGUGGGACUUCCCUGGUGGUCCAGUGGUUAAGAAUCUGCCUGCUAAUACAGGUGGCACAGGUUUGAUACCUGGUCGGGGAACUACGAUCCCAUAUGCCACACGGCACCGCCAGAAAUUUUUUUUUUUAAUUUUUAAAAAAAGAAAGUAAAAGGACUUGCUCCCCGGGCCUGAGGCUGGAAGGAGGUGGGAGGUAGUGUGGCAGGGGGUUAGAGAAACCACCCAGAGAGAGGGCCACCAGAUGCUAGGGAGGCCGUGACUGUGGCCCAGGCCUGAUCUCAUCCCCACCCCCAGACUUUCCAGGAGGAGAUGGUCCAUUUCUGGGAGUGGCUGGAUGCCUGCAGGGGCCCUGUGAGCUGUGCCCUUGUGGCCCUGAUGGCCCACGGGGGGCCUCAGGGGCAGCUACUGGGUGCUGAUAGGUAAGAGGUGCAGCCAGAGGCGCUGGUGCAGGAGCUGAGCUGCUGUAGGGCCCUGUGGGGCUGCCCCAAGAUCUUCCUGCUUCAGGCUUGCUGUGGGGUGAGCAGGGCCUGGAACCCGCCCUGGAGGCUUGGCCGGGUCCUUCUCUCCAGCCAGCCUCCUGCAGCCCUGGCUCUCCUCACCCAGCCCUCAGCCUCCCAGGACUUGCUGUCCACCUCCUCCAAGAAGCCUGAGUGAGCCCUGCCCUUUCCCCACCCCCUCUCCCAGCCUCUCCUAGGGGUCAUGUCCAUGAACUUGAGCACUUCACCCUCAGCACCUGUCAUUCGGUGUUCUGAAUGUUUCCAGCCUGGCAGCCUGCCCAGGAGCUCUGGGGGCUAGAGCCCUGGAAGCACCCCCAGGUGUCUCCUGAGUGAAAGGACGUGACUGUUCCCUCCUUCCCCAGGGCACAGGGACGCACACUGGUGUGGGACGCACACUCUCCCCUGGUUGUGGCACUGGCUGCAGGCACCACCAGCCACCCCCUCCCCGGCCGAUGUCCUCCACAUCUAUGCUGAUGUGCAAGGCAGCUUCUCCGGGGGCCCCACUCCAGGGAGCCCUAACCAAGCAGACAUCUUGAUGGUCUACGCAGCCACUGAAGGUAAGGGGAUGGGUCUCCACAAAGCCCAUUACACAGGGCCUAGCCUCCUGGCCAGAGAUCUGAAGUGGCUUUAGGGGCAUCUGGCGCUUGGCUGUUGGGGUGCAGGGGUACCAGCCUCGUCGCAGUUAAGCCGUCUUCCUUCCAUGUAUAUUAUUUAUGAUAAUAGUAACGAUGGUGAGCACAUAUUGAAGGCUGGCUCUGCUAAGCACUGUACCUACAUCCUUUCCUCUAGGCUGUAAGUUCCAUGAGGGCAGGACAGUUCUGUCUGCCUCAGGGCCCUGGCCAGUGCCUGGCACGUAGUAGGUUCACAGUAAAUGUUUCUUCGAUAUUGAAUCCAUUGUAUAUUCACUGCACAAACAUUGAGCAACAACUUGAUCCGGAAGCGAGAAGUUCCUGCUCCCUGCCCCAUUCUCUUGCCUGACUACUGGGGUCCUGUGUGCUUGCCCCCACUUCCACCAACAAUAGGCCCCUGGGGAUUGGAAGGCAGCUGGCAGGGGCCUGAGUCUGACACUCUGGCCCUGGUCCCCUGGCCUGGGCUGUGUAGCCUUUCGGGAUGAGAAGGGCUGAGACUUUAUCCAGAUGCUGGUGGAGGUCCUCAGAGCUGACCCCAGGGAAGACCUCCUGGAGCUGACGACUGAGGUGAGUUGGGGGUGGGGGGUCUCCUGGGGAGAGGAGCUGGAUUCAUCCUUCUUCUCAGCCCUGGUGUUCUGGUCACCUCCUAUUCACCCCAUUGCAGAGGGAGGGAUACCCCGCCCUCAAUAGUAUGAGACGGUUGAACACACAACACCCGGCCCUGGACAGUGAGACAGACAGCAGUUAUUAACCACAUAUACUCACAGCUGGGGGAGGAGGACACCUCAGGCCAUUCCGGCCACUCAGUGUUUCCCUGGGGAGCACAGGGAACCAGCAGGGGUUGUAGAUGCGGACUUUGUAGUAACGGGGUGGGGUACUAGUUUGAAUAAUUUCACAGGCUGGCAGGGAACUGGGGUGGAGUGUGGCUGAUCUGGCUGGUGGGGGAACUAGCGGGAUGGGGGGGCCUUCCCUGCUGGGUUGGGGGGUACAGCUGACAAGAGCAGGGGAAACCAACGGGGCCUAUGAGACCCAAAGAUGUGAAGGCAACACUUGAAACUUUAGGCCUUACAAUACGCUGGAUGCCAGGCUGGGCGCUGGGGGACCUGGCAGUCCUGGGCACAGGCUGGGUGUGGUCGGCACAGGUCAAUUAGCAGGUGUGCAAGCUAGACGUCCUGGGUCCCGACUGUGAUGAGCACCGCAAGGCCUGUCUGGAGAUCCGCAGCUCGUUGAGGUGCUGGCUCUGCCUGCAGGCCUGACUGAGCCCGCGGCUACCAAGGGGAUGCUGACUGUGGGUGGCCACACACCAACGCCAUCCCUGACCCCAUCCGCUCCUCGGUUUCCUCAUCUAAAAGCAGCGCGAUAGCACGGGAGGCUCAGCCGCCAUGGAAUAAACAUGAUGAUCGCUGUACACGUGAAUAGCGCCUGCACGCAGGGAGCUGUGACACUAAGUGAGAUAAUGUAUGCAGAGUGCCUGGCACUUCAGAGGCUGGGCCCACCGGGUGAGGAGGGGGAGCAGGGGAGGCGCCAGGGCAGCCUCCGGCUCUAAGAAACCCAACAUGGGCUAGGCUGAGCUGGAUGUCCUGGGAAAGGGCAGCGUGGGGUCCACACCAUCCUCCCAGCACGCGCACCCCACCUGCACACCACGCUGGGGCCACGGACAGGGCCUCUGCCUAUACAGCAGUCAGAGUCCAUUCUGGGGCCAUAAGACUGGAACAGAGCAUGGCAGGUUUAGCAGUGCUGUGAUAGGGGAAGCAAAGGGGCUGGGGGAGCAGAGGGCAACUCCUGACCCACUGCGGGCUGGGGGCACGUGGGAGAAGAGAUCAGGAGCCUCUCGGGACAGGAGGGGCUUGGGCAGCCUCACCCAGGCUCGAACCCUCACUUGGGCUGUGCUCAGUAGCGCUCAGUCGUACAGCUUGGAGCCCCGCUCACACCGAGCCCGAGGGGCGGGGCUCCUUGCCAGUGUGAGCAUGCGUAUUAGGGCAUAUUGAACAGGCGCCUGAGAAAGCUUUAUGAGAAAAGCUGCAAUAGUAACAGCGGCAAGGCCGCGUGGCCUAAUGGAUAAGGCGUCUGAUUCCGGAUCAGAAGAUUGAGGGUUCGAGUCCCUUCGUGGUCGUUGCUGAGAUUGCUUUUUCUACUCCGGGUAAAAAACAAACAAACAAACAAACACUUUUCCCUCUCUCCAGACUGCUCCCCACGCGGGCCUAGGAGCCUCGGGCUAUGUCCACCCCUCGGACGUAGCCCUGCACCUGCAGCUGCGUAGCUCGGGACGCCUGGGAGGCCCCGAGGGCGCUGUGAGGACCUAUAGUGCUCAGAUCCAGACGGAAUGCUGACUCUGAAGUCCACCGGCCGUGAGUGCCGGGAGCCCACACGGGACUGGCUGCAUGAAUAUAGUUCAGACGACGAGAACUGUGACAGAUGAGGGGUUGAAUUUUUGCACGGGUAGGUCAUCCCCAAGGGGUCAGUGGACAGGGGCAUUUAAAAAUAUAAUAGAUUAUUGUGAUGAAGAAGUUUUGGAAAUAGAUAGUAAUGAUGCUUGCACAAUAUUGUAAAUGUAACUGAUGCCAGUAAAUUGUACAGUUAAAAAUGGUUAAAAUGGCAAAUUUAACCUUAAGCGUAUAUUUUACCACAAUAAAAAAUGUGAAAAGAAAUUAAUAGAUUAUUUCGAUUUCUUGCAGUGAGAGUAUACCCUUAAAUGAUUAGUGUGAAUGUUUUUUUAAAAAUUUAAAUGUAAAGAAUAUGCCCAGGAUUGAGUCAUCAUUUUACCUGGAAAAAAUGACUCUACCUGCGGAACCGAGUUCUUACCAAGGGAUUCUGGCUAAGCGGAAUGACCAAAGUGAUGGGACCUCCUCCCACCAGGGAAAACGCUGGGGGAAUGGCAGCUGAGCGUGUACCCCUACAGUGGGCGCAGGUGACCUUGGAGUCAUGAGGAGUGUCACCAUCUCCUUUAUCGUUUUUGUGAUGUCUCAGUGGUUUACUAAGGGCUUAUAAAUAAAAAGAGAAACUUAAUUAAGAUAAA